GUAUGUUACUCUAAAGACAAUGUUCAGAAUCUUAAGGGCAUGGUCAAAGACACAAGGUGGGACCCGUUUAAUAAAGAUUCUCUUGAUGACACAAUCUCUAAUAUUACAAGUUAUCUCAAAUUUUGUCUUGACACCUGUUGUCCCAGAGAAACGCUAUUCAUCAGAUCUGACCGUUUCUCCUACCCCUAACUUAAAAUGCUUCUCAGACAAGAAGAAAAGCUAUAUAAAAUGAAGGACAAUACUGGUUUGAAAAGAAUUAACAUCCUAAUAAAAUCUGAAAUGUACAGGUUGAAUUCAAUUUACAACCAGAAGUUUAUAUCGUGUAAAAAUGCGUCUAAUAUAUGGAAACUUUCUAAAGAAAUUACUGGUGGUAAGCAGAUGAAUAGUAUUCCUUAUUCAUUUGAUGUGUGUAUACAGAACAAGUCUUUCAUACAUUCUCCCACAAAUGCCAAACUUUCUAGUAUCACAAGUGUUAAUGAAACCUGCUUCCCUGGUUUCAAUACAAAUGAUGUUCGAAAAUAUCUCCAGUCUCUGAACCCUUCCUGUAGCUUUGGCCCAGACGGUCUGCCUAGUGUUAUUCUUAAAAAAUGUGCAGACAUCUUGUGUUAUCCUCUUAUGGACAUAUUAAACGAAUCUUUCUCCAGAAAUGUCGUGCCAACCGUCUGGAAGGACAUCAAAAUUGUACCUAUCCAUAAGUUGUCUACUGGAGCAUGUUUUAAAUUUAGACCUAUUGCUAUUACGUCUGCUUUUCUAAAAGCUAUGGAAGAGUUACUCUUACUUAAUCUUCAACCAUCACUUAAAGACUUUAACGAUCCUAAACAAUUCGCUUAUAAACACAGCAGAAGAACUUUAGAUGCAGUUGCAGUCUUGCACCACAACAUUGUCUCCAGCUUAGACAAGGGGGCUAAAUUUAUUUUCGCUGCACCUUCCUAGAUUACAUAUCUGCUUUCGACUCAGUACCUAGGGACAUUUUGUUAAACAAGCUGGCCGAAACUCAAUCUGACUGUUGGAUUGUCAA